UAUCUUUUUUCAAGACCUUGCAACUCUUCAAACUGAACAAAAAUGUCUUGGAUAUGGAGCUUCUUUGUGUUGGGCUUUUUAAUCGCUCAAGGAACUUCGGAUUCGUUGGACGAUAUUAACGAAGAAGUAACGAAAGUUCUAAAGAGUUAUCUGGAGAAUUUUAAUGGUUCCUGGAAGGAUAACACUGAGUUUCUCAACUGGAUCUCAAAAAUUCGAGCGGUGGUGAAAAAUAAUAAUACCGAUCUAACGGAGAAGUUCCAAAUACGAUUUAACUUUGAAUCUUACAAUAUUGAACGUUUGAUUUUGGAGCAACAAAUCUCAGAUCGUAUCGAGGAGCUGGAUAGCAUUAUUCCCCAUCAGAAACUCCAAAAAUGCUUAGAAUUUUAUUUAAACCAAAGAUCUCAUCUUAAAACAGCACUGAAGCAAACAAAUAAGAAAAAAAUUGAAAAGUUUGCCGAAAAUUCGACUUAUUGUCCGUACUACAAUUUUGAUAUUAACGAACAUAUAAAAAGCCUGCUGGACCCUUCAAAAAGGCAGAAUGUCCUUUAAUCGUCCUCAUGGGUCCAAAGGACGUUUGAGUUCCUGGAGGUACCAUCCUAUGUUUGGUCCUUAUAAAUAUCACAUAUUAGUGAUUAAAUAAAUUUUGAGCAUAUACAA